UGUGUGCGAGUAGCAGCCGGGCGUCGUGGUUUCGGUUGGCUGGGAGGAAGAGGAAUAACGAAUGUGGGAGCCAAGAAGAAUUCCUCGUUGGCGAACGGCGCUGGGGCGAGAAGCGACAAUAUCCACAGGAUUUCUGAAACGUUUUUACGGACUACACAUGUCUCCUUAGGGGAAUUUAGGGAAGUUUUCCCCUCACACGUUCCCGGGUCGGAUAAGGGUGGCAUCUAGACUGCAUCUGACAACACAAGCUGAUCCUAACAACCACAAAACUGACAAUGAGGGACUAAAAAAUGGACAUAUAAUGAUCUUUGAAAAUCACUUCGUCUUCUGACAGCUUGGUGACGCCCACAAAAGGAAUGGACUGACCCGUAACUCAUGGCUUCCUUAGAACUGUGACUUUCUCUGGUCUGUGAUUGAAGUGGGCUUUGAGCUUCCAAAUUGGUCCAGAAGGAGGAUUAGGAAAGGCGUGUCCUUUCCUACCAAAGAAAUGAGUGUGGGAGGAGGAAGCAACAGCAGUGUGGAGCUUGUCCAUCUCUCCUUCCUCUCACUGAACACCGGCAGUCUUGAUCCAGGAUGCACUCUCCCCUACGACCCCUCCCCUCAUUUUUGCCCCUGAGACUACGGUGGGCUUCAUGAACAUGUACAGAGACACAGGGGUGUGUGCCACCCCUCUCUCUCAACCUCUUCCUCCACCCCACCUCCGUCUCCCCCUUCAUAAUGGCCACUCUUCCAUGGGCGACCCAGCACCAUCCCGUGUCUCCGUGCCCAAAAUGGGUGUCCGAGCUCGGAUUGCAGAGUGGCCUCCUCGCAGGGCGCUUUCACGAGAAUCACUGCUUGAGAACGGCCAGGGCAGUCAUCAGGAUGACCUCAAUAGUGAAGAUGGGCUUACACAUGGAAGUGUGACAAGGAUACCACAGCGAGGUACCAGAGACGAUGUCUUCCUUGAAUCAGGUCAAAGGAGGGCUCCGGGCACACCACCGAGGCUUCGGACUUCUGGAUUCGCUCCACUCCGACAGCGCUCCAACAGCGAGAUUACAUUGAGUGAGCAAGAUGAAACCGAAGUCGAAGGUCGUUUGUUUCGGGAAUAUGGUAGUACCUCUUCCAUCAACGUACAGGCUGUGUCCGAGCAAAGCUUCUUCGACAUGCUCAGCCAGUUUCAACAGGAGCGUCCAGACCAGCGUAGCACAGCCCCUGCCAAGCUCGGAGAGCUGCUUGGUGCAUCUUUAGAGGGAUCGGCAUCACAUGCCUUCUUGUCGACUCCACGGCCUGAUGACCGCCCGGAGAAUCGUGUACGCAAGAAGAGUGGUGGCACAGAGUCAUCUCUUGGCACCUCCUCCUUAUUCCGCAAACUCCGCAGCUCCAGCCGAGGAGAAACAGAGACUCCGCGAGGUGACUCGGAUGAUACACGACCCCUCGAGACGUUGUCUUCCAAACCCUGGGUAUGUGUGCGGAGUUUUGCCCACUUUGACGCUCAGAGUGUUUUAUUUGACUUGAACGAGGCGGCAGCUCGUCGCACCUACGCCGCCCAGCGGCGAAACACGGCCACCGGAGCUUCUGCUGCUUCUUCGGCUGCCGUUUCUUUGGCGGUUUCCAGAGCUAUUGCUCUGGGCGGAGUGGAGCCCAGCUUCUCCAGCACUGAUGACCUCAGUGUCAAGGACCUGUCUGAAGGUUCAACCACAGGACUGGAACUUUCAGAGCAGGGUGGUUCGGCUAGCGUUAACCCCAACUCCCAGCAACAACUGUUGCUGAGCUGCCCGCACUUCAUCAAUGAGACUGGAAGUUACAGGGAACGCAAUGUCAGCUUCUUGAGCUCAUGGGCGGAGCGAGGAGAGGCUGGCAUCGUGGAGGCCCGGCUUCGUCCACGCUGCAGUAAUUCCAGUGUGUCCAAACUGGAGGUGCCUCCAGAGGUUCAAGCCGCCAGGUUAGAGAGACUGCAGCAACACUGCAUCGAGCACGUUGACCUGGGUGCCAGAUACUACCAUGAGCACUUCUAUGGGAAAGAGCACUGGAACUACUUUGGUACCGAUGAGAAGCUUGGGCCUGUGGCUCUAAGCAUUCGAAGAGAGAAACUGGAUGAUACCAAAGAUUUAAAGGACCAGUACCAGUACAGGAUCAUCUUUCGCACCAGUGAGCUGGUCACAUUACGAGGAGCGAUCCUGGAGGAUGCGAUUCUGUCCACUGCAAAGCACGGAACGGUUCGUGGUUUGCCUUUGAAAGAGGUUCUGGAGUAUGUGCUGCCAGAACUCAGCGUGUCCUGUCUGCGAUUGGCUCUCAGCACACCAAAGGUCACAGAGCAGCUUCUCAAACUGGACGAGCAGGGGCUUAGUCAGAAACACAAAGUGGGCAUCCUGCUGUGUCGAGCGGGGCAGAGUACGGAGGAGGAGAUGUACAACAAUGAAGAGGCGACGCCAGCCUUCUCCGCCUUCCUCGAGCUGCUGGGAGAAACUGUGUGUCUGAGGGGUUUCAACAAAUAUGCUGCCCAGCUAGACACCAAAACGGACUCAACUGGAACACACUCCCUGUAUACAACCUAUCAGGACUAUGAGAUCAUGUUUCACGUGUCCACCAUGCUUCCAUACAUGCCUAAUAAUCCUCAACAGCUCCUGAGGAAGAGGCACAUAGGAAAUGAUAUAGUCACGAUUAUAUUCCAAGAGCCGGGAGCCCUACCGUUCACUCCACAGAACAUUCGCUCUCACUUCCAGCACGUGUUUGUCAUUGUCCGUGUGCACAACCCUUGCUCUGACAACACCUGCUACAGUGUGGCAGUGACUCGAAUGAAGGACGUCCCUCCGUUUGGUCCGCCGCUACCUUCAAACGGCCUGACGUUCCGUGACCCAGCUGCCUUCCGAGCUUUCCUGCUAGCCAAGAUCAUCAACGCAGAGAAUGCUGCGCACAAAUCAGAAAAGUUCCAUGCCAUGGCAACCCGCACGCGCCAAGGAUACCUGCGGGACCUGGCGGAGAACUGCGUUUCCACUACGCCACUCGACACUGCUGGCAAGCUGAACAAUCUCAUCUCUCUGGCCUCCAAACGCAAGGAACGCGUCCGGGCACGCGAAGGAGCGGAAAUGGGUGCCUUAGGGGCGCUUCUUUGGCGCGUGCUCGCGCAGGACUUCAGUGGCGGAGGCGCCGAGCUUCCUUGCGCUUUAGCCAUCUCCAAUGAGUACAUUGUCCUGGCAGACUGCUCUACCAAAGAGGUGGUGUUUAACUGUUUCUGUGCUGAUGUGAUUGGUUGGACGGCGGAGAGACUUGCACUGAAGGUUUUCUAUGGUAGAGGAGACCAUGUUGCCUUACGGGUACCAGAGGGCAGUGCGCAAGACAUCAGAGAGGUGGUGCAGAGACUUAAGGCAUUGACUGUAGGUUGUGAGACGGUUGAUAUGACGUUAAGACGGAAUGGUUUAGGCCAGCUUGGUUUCCAUGUGCGCUUGGAUGGAACUGUGUCCGAAGUGGAGGAAUAUGGCUUCGCUUGGCAGGCGGGACUCCGGCAGGGUAGCCGUUUGGUAGAAAUCUGCAAAGUUGCCGCUGUGACGCUCUCCCACGAGCAGAUGAUUGACCUGCUGCGGACUUCGGUUACCGUAAAAGUGGUCAUUAUUCCACCGUUCGAAGAGGGAGGGGCACGCAGGGGCUGUACAGAGGAGUACGAGAUGAAGAUGAUGGAGCAGAAGGGAGAAGCAGAGCCGGUGGCUGCAGGGUAUCGUGGUGGGCAGCGAACCCCAGUAUGGCGCUGGGACAGCCCCCCUGGUACACACAGCUCUGCUCAGCGCUGGACCCCCAGUGGACCCCCACCAGUCCCCAGCCGUACACAUAAAGCUCUGGUCCCCAUUCCAUACAGGGAGCCACAACACAUCUCUGCUAAACGGCCUGUCAGUUACCCAGAGAACCAUUACAGUGUGUCUCCUCUUGCCGGGGACAGAGGUAUGCCGUACAGAAACCCUUCGGCUAGCUUCUCCAGUCCAGGCUCUGGGUUCAGCUCCACCGCACUGGGAGUGCCGGGACUCAGCGGACCCUUUGUCCACUAUAAACCCACUCGAGACGGGUUUGGGUCAGUCCAGCGGCCUCUCCAGCCAUUUGAUCCACACGUUACAGUCGAUGUCUCGAGUGGAGAAUCAUCAUCUGGUUUCACUAGCCAAGAAAGCACGAUGGAACGCAACAAGUCAGAGCCCAUGUGGCAUGUUCCUGCUUCAUCACGAGGCGUUUCAGUUGGCUCUGCUCCGAGAAGACAGACUCGACAGGAUGUUGCAGGGAAGGACUCUCCAAACCGCCACUCUAAGGGUGAGGCACACUAUUCCAGUCACUCCAGCAGUAACACGCUCUCCAGUAAUGCUUCCAGCAGUCACAGCGACGAGCGCUGGUUUGACAGCGUGGGAGGUGGGGUUUCCGGUGCCCUGAGUGACCCGUCAGACCCCGACCCUGACCUCAUGGGCAAGGGAGGUUCCAGUGACAGUGGCAUUGAUGCGUCUCUCUACACGCCAAGUCCUAACACUAAAGGAACCAAACCUAGCCGCAGUCUUGCAGGAACCCCCCAUAAACCUCUGCAUGGCUCUGCUACCUACAGCGGCUUGCAGGAGCUGUCUGGAACGGGAGGGAGGAUGUCCGGAGAGGGUCGCCGCAGGGAGUCGUCACCCCUCAUCGCAUCUGACAAUCAAACCAAGAACUAUCGCACACGCACAUUCCCCCCUCCUGGAUCAGCCAAUGUCAACAACAUCAAAUCAAGGACCUGCUAUACCCCUCAAGGGUACAAGGCCCCUGCUGUGGCCGACAAACCCCGGCCUUUCAGAUCUUCAACAGUCACACCCACAUCAGGCUCCGCCCAGCUUUCAAGCUCCGCCCCCAAGUCAUUUAGUAAGAGCAAGAGUACAUGGCAACAGGAGGAGAACAGCACAGCAACCAGCACCACCUCCACUGACAGCAACAGCAACAAGCAAGUGGAUAUGAACAAUAAGAAUGUGUUCGGACAGCCCCGGCUACGUGCCUCUCUGAGGGACCUACGCUCACCACGCAGAUCUCACAAGAGCACCAUUGAGGACGACUUGAAAAAGCUCAUCAUCAUGGACAACCCUACAGAGACGCCAUCACGGGAUGCGUCUCCUCAUCGGACCCUGCAACGUACUUUCUCGGAUGAGAGUCUGUGCAGUGGACGGAGAGAUUCUAGUUAUGCAAGCACACCUCUUUUUGAAGGACAAGUGCCGCCCAGUGACCUUCUUUUCACUUGCACGCUGCCUACUCGUCGCCACAACACCAGUCACGGAGCCCUCAUACCUAGUAAGAAAGUACCGUUGUCUGCAUCAGAAUUGUCUCUAACUGAGGUGAGGGAUAAGGUUCCACCUCUCAGAAGACUGGACCCCGGACUCAUGCCGCUUCCUGACACUGCCUGUGGUCUUGAGUGGUCCAGCUUAGUUAAUGCAGCCAAGGCAUAUGAAGUGCAAAGAGCUGUUUCUUUAUUUUCAUUGUCUGAGUCUCACACGGGCGGCAAUGAGUUGAGACCCGUCAUCAGCCCGGUGCCUUUCCACACGCCACAGACUCCCCGUACCACUCCUACAUUCAGCAGUGAAGAGGUUCCUAAUGACCUAUCUGGGCGUCUGUAUCAUCUGGAAGUCAUGCUGAAACAGCUGAACAAUGAUCUGGAAAAAGAGAAACAGGACAAGGCAGCGUUGUUAGCAGAGAUGGCUAAUCUAAGACAGAACAACCAGCGUCUACAGGAGGAAUCGCACUCAGCCAGUGAACAGCUCCGCAAGUUCAGCAAACUCUUAUCCUCAACCAUACCUGAGAGGAAAUGACUGUUCCCUUUCAUUUAAGACAAGAUGAGAGGAGAUCUUCACGUACCUGUACUCCGCCUAAUAUGGCACGUUCAGUGCCAACAGCUAAUUGACUUCCCAGUCUCAUAUUGUCCAGUACAUCCACUGUCCCGCUCGCCCUCAUCUAGGCCUCGUCCUCACCACACACGAAAGAAACUGUGAGCUUCACGAAAGUACGACUGAGGGAAACCGAAAGAGUUUGCAUACAGGUCUGACUUUAAAGCUUUAACUUAAAGCCGGUACAAAUGUCUAUUUUUAAACAAACAAACUCAACACACGAUUUCCUACCUUGAAUCGAGCGAGCUCCUCAUCUACUUUCGGAACUAUUUUCUCAUUCUAGAUUUAUUUUUAUACUCAACGAGUUGACACGAAGCUUGAGCCAGUCAAACUGUAAGACGCUAACAUCAGAGAGGUCUAUUUAGUGCACAGUCAGCUCAACAGCCAAAAAAAAAGCAACAAAAAAACGACACUUGAGCCACGUGAGAGAUCCUACCUUUCCCAAAACGUCGCGAGAAAUCACGGUACUGUAAUUGUGAGGAAAAAGUACAGCGGUCUGGGAACGACUCACACUGUAAAGUAAUUCUACAUCGCGCAGGUACAUUAAACGCUAUCGUAUUGUUCAAACCAUCCUCAUCUCAGCUGAUUUAUCUUCUAACAGACUUCCUGUAGUGACUGAAACUCUGCAAUAAUGGCUCUGUAGAUCUUCACUUCUCCAGAACGGAAAAACCAGUGAUAGCAACCACUACUAAAACUGUGAUGUUACACCCAUCGUUUCCUCUGUGCAUGGACAUCGGUCAAUGUCAUGUGACAGGAAAUGCCACUUUCUCUCCUACGUAUGGUUUCGGCAUAGCACUGUGUGUAAACUUGGGCUGUUCUGUCAGAUUUCGACACUGUAUAUGUAUAUGUAUAUGCAAAGCCGACACUAAGAAACCCUAGUCAGCUGUGUCCCAUACAGACUCUAUUUUUCUAUUUGUAUUUAGUUCAGGUUUAUCAGGUGAAACGACUGUUGGCAAUAGAUGGCUGUUUUCAACUUCUAGACAGAUCAUCGUGUUUACAUACUAUGACGAUCCACACUGUACUCGAUUACGGAACUGGAAUAACAGUCAGGCUGGAUCGGAUACGGUUUCUCAUGUACCCCACGUUACUCUGUACAUGUCUGCCUUAAAGUGGUCAGCUGUGACCAGCGAUGUGUUGUAAAUUACGACUCAUAUCAGCUCUCUCCAUCCCUUUAACCUGAUGCGACUGGAAAAAAUAUCUUCUCCUCUCUCAGGACCCGUAAGCUGCCCUCUCGAUCGCCUGAUCUAUUCGUCUCUAUUUAUUCACAUCAAAAAGCACUGCAACAGUCGGUUAACUUUAUAUUGUAUUAGUCAUCAUAGCUAUACGUGAAAAUAUAAUGUGUCUGCUUUGCUCAGACACACAAAAACAACUAUAUACAUGCCUAUGACAGUAACUAGCAUUGUAAAACGCAAAGGUUUUUGUUUAUUUAUGGGGUGAGAGAUUUAAAAAAAAAACGACAGCGUUUUAGUGCCAUGUUAAAAAAAAUCUAAGAUUACGAGAUUAAAGUCGUAAUAUUUUGAGAAUAAAGUUGAAAUGACAAGAAUAAAGUUGAAAUACUAUGAGAAUAAUGUCGAAAUAUUUUGAGAAUAAAGAUGAAAUUAAAAGAAUAAAGUUGAAAUAUUACAAGAAUAAAGUUGGAAUUGCGAGAAUAAAAGUCAGACUGUUUCGAGAAUGAAGUCGAAAUGUUUUGAGAAUAAAGUCAGAAUUACAAGAAUAAAAAAGUAAAUGUUUCGAGAAUAAAGUCAAAAUUUUUAAAGAAUAAUGUCGAAAUGUUUUGAGAAUAAAGUCGGAAUUAUGAGAAUAAAGUUGAAAUUACGAGAAUAAAGUCAGAAUAACAAGAAUAAAAGUCUAAAUAUUUUAAGAAUAAUGUCGAAAUGUUUUGAGAAUAAAGUCGAAAUACUACAAGAAUAAUGUCAAAUAUUUUGAGAAUAAAGAUGAAAUUACGAGAAUAAAAGUUGAAAUAUUACAAGAAUAAAGUUGGAAUUGCGAGAAUAAAAGGCGAAAUGUUUUGAGAAUAAAGUGAAAAUAUUUUGAGAAUAAAGUUGAAAUUAGGAGAACAAAAAAUCAAAGUAUUUAGAGAAUAAAGUCGAAAUUACGAGAAUUAAGUGAAAUAUUACGUGAAUAAAGUAAGUUUCAAUAAUAAAGUUGAAAUUAUGAGAAUAAAGUCAGAAUUACAAGAAUAAAAAUCUAAAUGUUUCAAGAAUAAUGUCAAAAUAUUUUAAGAAAAAAGUAGAAAUUACGAAAAUAAAGUCAAAUACUACAAGAAUAAAGUCGAAAUACUAUGAGAAUAAUGUCGAAAUAUUUUGAGAAUAAAGAUGAAAUUACGAGAAUAAAAGUUGAAAUAUUACAAGAAUAAAGUUGGAAUUGCGAGAAUAAAAGGCGAAAUGUUUUGAGAAUAAAGUGAAAAUAUUUUGAGAAUAAAGUCGAAAUUACGAGAAUAAAGUCAGAAUUUUUCAAGAAUAAUGUCGAAAUGUUUUGAGAAUGAAAUCAAAAUUGUGAGAAUAAAGUCGAAGUAUUUCAAGAAUAAAGUUGAAAUUAUGAGAAUAAAGUCAGAAUUACAAGAAUAAAAGUCAAGAAUAAUGUAGAAAUAUUUCACCUUUAUUUUUGAAAUAUUUCGACUUUAUUCUUGUAUUUUGACUUUAUUCUCGUAAUUUUGACUUUAUAUAAAAAUAAAAGUCUAAAUGUUUUGAGAAUAAAGUUGGAAUGUUUUGAGAAUAAAGUCGGAAUGUUUCCAGAAUAAAGUCGAAAUAUUUCCAGAAUAAAGUAGCCUAUUGCGCAUGCAAAUGGCCCGGACUGGGAACACCGGGAGAUUUUUCCAAAGUCUCAGCUUUCAAAAUCUGUCAGUUUUAUAACGAAAUACAAACAAUAUGUCUAUUACAAUAAUCGUGUUUUUAAUGUGGUGUGACAGAUCACUGUAUUCACCUCAAGUUUCAGCGGCAUGUAGGUCAAUUUAUUCUCUAUUAUAAUAUUUCGACUUUAUUCUCGAAAUAUUUCUACUUUAUUCUCAUAGAAUUUCGACUUUAUUCUCGUAAUACUUUGACUUUAAUCUCGUAAUCUUAGAUUUGUUUUGUUUUUUUUUUCACUUAUUAACGUGCCACUGAAACGCUGUUGUCCAAAAAAGACCUGACAUCAUUCAUUGCAGCUGUUUAGUAGUGUAAUUGUACAUAUAGUGAUUUUAUACAAAUCUUUGAACUGCUGAUAGCUAGCAUUACAUGUUCUCCCCACUAUAAAGUAUGAGGAAAAAGGAAUAGUCCACGUUUUUACUCACCCUCAUGUUGUUCCAAACCUGUAUGACUUUAUUUCUUCCAUGGAACAUAAAAGAAACAGUUUUGGUUCCCAUUGACUUCCAUUGUAUUCUUUUAAGUUCCACGGAAGAAAGCUAAUCGUACGGGUUUGGAACAACAUGAGGGUGAGUAAAUGAGUGGACUGUCCCUUUAAAUGAGUCUGUGUACAUGUUUGGAACUUUUAGUUAUACAUCAUCACUCUGGACAUUAUCAUAUUAUGAUAAGCUCAUUCGCCCCACUGUUUUAGAUUCAUUUUUAUUGUUUUAUUAUCAGAUUGUCAUCUCAUUGCUGUGACUACAAGAACUUCACCCACCAUGAGUGUUUUUCUGUCAAAAAAGUGGGAGGUUUUUUAGACUCUUGGUGUCUCACUCAGUUUUGGGUUGCUGGGUGUCAUAUCUACACCAUGGAUUGUCUUAUGAUUUCUGUUUGUUUGUUUUGAUAGAUGGGUGGAGGUGUUUUUAUUAAGUUUGUUAGUUUUUUUAUUUUUAAAAAGUAAAUACGAGUAAUAUUGUGAAAAUAUUCUAUGUGCAUCUGUGUUGCGCAUUCUUAAAUCAUUGCAAAUUAUAUAGUCCGGCUGUAAUAUUUGAAGGUUUAUUUUUAUGUGUAAUAUUUUGACUAUUUAUUUUGAUUCUUGUUCUUUUUUUAUUAAAUGCAAGUCAAAUUCGAGGUGAAAAUUACUAGACUACAGAUUUGGUAACAUUAUUGGAGGGUACUGAGUUGAUGUAUUUUUUAGGUUCUCCUUUAUAUUUUGUUUGAUUCAUGAUCUUUUGUACAAAGCUGAUUUUAUCCUUUUCUUUUUUUUUAAAGAAACUAUUGUAAUUCAUCUUUUUGUCUCUGUUUUCAUUAGCUUCAUGCAUGAAACAGUGGCUCUGAUGCCUCGAUUUAACUAUUGAUAACUGAUCAAUCUUUCAGUUUCUUUGGGGAUGUUGUAUCAAUGAGUGUACAUUUAAUAUGUGUAAAUUAUGUUUUCAUUAUUUUAUAAAAAAUAUAUUAAAAUAUUUCAUAAUGAUAA